GUAUGCAUGUGUGAGGUAAAAGUAUAGUGGAAACGGAAGGAAAGCAAUUUGUUGCACUGUGAUUGGCUGAGAAGCAGGAACAGGGUCGUCUUUGAGUCCCGCUCGAAAUGAAUGGAAGAAGUGAACCUGAGGUACUGCAAGAGGCUAUUGGUGUGUUAAGAAAUAUUUUGUCAUCUCCUGAAGUCAUUACAUCGUUGUCUUCGUGUCUUGAGCAACAGAGGACAGGCUCGUCUGUCCCUAACAUAACUCAUACAGCGGUGGAAAACGAGAUGAGAGGACUCUUCAGGCCAUUGGCCUCAGCAGGCCAGACCGGAACACAAGACAGGACCGGAGGGUUACGUCAGUCACUAAGAUAUGAGACUCAGAAGCACUUUGGUAAUUGGACAUCCCGACCAAGGAAAAGGGCUAAAAUGCAUUAUCAUAAUUCUUUCAACAAGGAUGUCAUCCUUCUUCCGGGGCCAUCAAGCUGUUGUGUCGUCAAACAUCGCACAAAGCAAAAGUUACAUGAACAAGGACAUAUUCUGAAUGGGUUUGAGUUCCAGAAAUCCUGGGACCAAAGGAUGGUUACUGACCAAAUAAGGGAUGCCUUUCGGGAAAAGUUGUCAGCUGAUGUCAGCAUUGAGUUUUUGAUGGCGUGUGGGAACAGAUUGAUUUCGCCCAAACUCCGUGCAGGACAGGAACUGGAUGCAAAUCUUAUCCACAAAGUAUAUAAAUCAAAAGCUCUAUACAUUAGACCAUCAAAGCAGGUUAUGGAUGACAUCACAGAAAUUAUCAGUGAAGAUAAUGUUAGUGAGGAAACCACUCAUCCAAUGAGGCAGUUGCGUUCUUCGUCUCAGGGUACACCAAUAUCUGCCUCUUUUGAUAGUUUCACCAGAGCAGUGGAUCCCAGCACACCAAACUGUACCCCUUCACCUGAGCCUCAUGCCUCAUCUCUUCAUUAUGGUACAUCAUUCUUUCAACCCCCUGUUUCCACUUACCAAAACAUCCCACCCAGACAAAACAACCCUUCAGCAAGCAGCUCCUCUACUCAGCUGCCAGUGUACCCUCUGGAAAGAUGCCUUUCCACCAGUCAGCCUUCUACUUCAUCUUUUCAAGGGACAUCUUUACUUGAUCCAUCAGAGCCGUCUCUGGUUCUUACUUGCCAAAAUACUUCUAGGUCAUGCUAUGAUAGCAGCAAUCCUGCAAGUCAUUCAGCUUCCACCUCAACACAUCAGCAGUCUGCUAACUAUGACAGCUACCUAUCAGUGAUGGCUGCACUGUCGGAUGUAUCUUCUGACGAUGAAGAAUUGAACCAGGCUAUUUUAGCCAGCCUUCAUACUGAAAGGUGUACCACUGGAUGUUCAGUGCCAGCCAAAGAUAUUUUGGAAGAACUUGCAACAAAAAUAAACCAUCAGAAAAAAUCCAAAUUCAAUAUUAACCGCACCACUGUCCUGGAUGGUGCUAUCAGAGGUUUUAAAAGGGGAACAUAUGAUCCAUGUCAUACGAUAUCUGUCAGGUUUUCUGAUGAUAUGGGAGUACUUGAAGAAGCUGUAGACCUGGGAGGUCCAAGAAGAGAAUUUUUAAGACUUUUAAUGGAAGCUUUGCCACAGUCCUCAAUGUUUGAGGGAGACGAAGGCAAAAUGAACUUGGCCUUUGAUAGUACUGCCAUGAGAGAAGAUAAGUACUUCAUUGCUGGCCGGGCCAUUGCAGUAAGCCUUGUACACGGUGGUCCUCCUGCUGGCUUUUUGUCCCCAACUCUUUUCUCAUGCCUUGUUGAUAGCCCAGAAUUAGCCAAACCUGUUUUGGAAGAUGUUGCAGAUAGAGACGUGCGUGAAAAAAUUAAGAUGCUCACAGAGUGCCAGUCAUUUGAAGAUCUGAGAGCAGCAACUGAGCCACUUCAGGAAUAUCUGGCUAAUGCCGGCUGCCUAAGACCACUUAGGCAGCUGGAAGACAAGAAUCUGCUUGUAGAUGACAUCCUUAUGUUCCAAGUCAUACACAGAGUGCGUGGACCUUUUGAAAGAUUCCGAGAUGGAAUGAGAACACUUGGUGUGCUGGACAAAAUUCAAGCUUACCCUGACAGUUUUCGCCCCCUUCUAUGCUGGUCUCCUACAACCCUCUCAGCUGACGUGGUUGACAGUCUUUUUACUAUCCGCCUAUCUCCAGUUGGCAGCAAUAGAAGGAGUGCUGAGGAAAUUGUGGUUCCUUUCUGGAGAGACUACCUCACAGAUGCAGAAGAUGAAGAAGGAACACAGAAGCUGGCUAUAAUUCUUGCAUUUGCUACAGGAGCCAAUACCGUUCCACCAAUUGGGUUCUCUCCACAACCUUCAAUAGAAUUUCUUCACCAAGAGGAUUAUUCAGGAACCACUGCAAAACUGCCCAUUGCAAAUACCUGCAUCAAUUGCUUGAAAUUACCCCUGCACACCGCAUACACAGACUUCAAGGAAAACAUGGACUUUGCAUUAGGCAACACCCAUGGUUUUGGCAUAGUGUAAUAUGAACAGGUUUGUGUAACAGUAUUUUGUUUAAGGUCAAGUUCAUGAACAAUUUACACCUGUUGCAUAUUUGUAGAAACUGAAAUUAUAAGACCUUAAGUACAGUUUACAUUGACUAUCUUCACCAAGUAAUGUUAAAAGAAAACUAUGGAGGUUUUUACUGAUAAGCUAGUAUUCUUUUAAAGCUAUCUAAAGAGUUCACUAUUCACCUCUAUUCCUAUUUCUGUCUCAUGUAUUCUGGAGCGUGAACCAUCUGCCUGCUCAAGAUAUAACUUGAAUGAUCAAUUUUACAUAGAUCAGCCAGCUAACACUGAAAAAUCUCAGUUUUUUUGUUUUUAUGCUUUUUGUUUUAGGAACAGUUUCAGGGUUCAUUAAGUCUCAUUGUCUGUGUGUAUUUUUACUGUAUAAUGUUAAAUUGAUGUUUCCAGACAUAAACAAUGACUACUAAUUAUUUGAAAGAACGUUUAGGCAAAGCAUUGAUACAAACAAAUGAAGUUUACAUUAAGUUGGGGUUUUCAAAGUUGGUCCUUAAGGGCUGUUGUCCUGCAGGUUUUGGAUGUUUCCUUCUGCAUCACACCUUAUUUAGAUUAAUGGGUUGGCAUGCUUUGGGAGAACCUAGGAUAUCCAUAUAAUUUAAAUUGGGUGUGCUGGAGCAGUGAAACUUCUAAAACCUACAGGACUGGGGCCUGUAAUUCAGACUUUUAUUUUACAUUUUACAAAGCACUUCAUCCAGUUAUCCUCCAAUUUACAUGAAGUAGUGUGAUUGAAAAUGAUUUGUAUAACAACUUAUUUUUGGAUAUCAAACUAUAUAAGAAAUUAAUAGAUUUGAUUUAAUUUAGUCCACAAUCUAUUUUUUUGUCUCAGAGGAAAUGUCUAUAGCUUUUCUAAAAUGUGGAUGGUCACGUGACAUAUUUUACAAUAACAAAGACAAGUUCAGUUUUGUCUACUGUGGUAAUUAGAGAAUGGAACUUUUUCAUUUAUGCAACAUUGUUACCUUCCAACAUAAGCUAAUGUUUUUUUUCCAGUGGGUCAUUAUUACAUGUGAAUUUAUGUUUCUUUUUGCUAUGACCCUUUACUUUAUGGGGUAUACUGCUUGGGUCCUCCUAACUUCUAGUUUCAUAGUGCAGUCCACAGAAUUAGCAUGUUAUUGUUAUUGCUGCUGUUGAUAUUCCCUUAGUCAUUAUAUUCAAAGGAAAUCAAAUGUUAAACAAAAGUGUUUUUCAGCCAGAAACUUUAAUAAAAUGUUCCAUGUGUUUGACUUUUUUUUUUAUAACAGUAUGAACUUGUAUCAAAGAAACGUCUUUUGAGGAAACAUUGAGGUUUAAACUAAGAAUCACAUUUAUAGACAAAGUUUUUAAACAAAGUCACUUGAGAUAUCGUGUAUCUGACUAUUACAAAGCUUGGCACAGUGCUAGCCUAUUUGACUGGAAUUUGUCACAUGUAAAACUGUUCUCAGUAUCAGUCAAUGUGAAUAUAACUAGGAAUUCCUUUCAAGAAAAUGCACAAGGUUGCAAAAUAAAUAUAUACCAUGAUUUUCAUCAUUUUCAAAUGGAUCAAAAGUUUGCUGAAGAGAAUACAUUGUGGCAUUACUGAUAGUAAUGUUUAUAGAUGGAAUAACAAUAUUAUUGUUUGUCUGUAACUGGGAAAUAGUUGCAUUAUUAUCAUUCCCAAA